AUGUCGUACGUAAGGGUCAACAGCCCGGGGAGCCGCCAGAGGGCCAGCUUGGACGACAGCCCUCCUCCUCCUUACUCGGAAACCGACGUUUUUUCAACGUCGGGACCUCGGACACCGCUCACAUCAGAAUUUCCCGGUUCGGUGGUGGGCUCGGUGCAAGACGCGCAGUCCACCACGGGCGGCUCUACCUCUACCGAAUCCCGCGAGGUGGUAUACACACCGCCGCUGACACCGACGAGCCCGUCGAUCCACCAGUCGAGCACCGGCAGCGAUGCCAUGAGCUUCAGCUCGAGCCUGCUGUCCGCGGCUGCCUACUUCGAGUCCCGGCCAGCCACCGUCGUGUCCCCCGGGCCGGGCAGCCAGGUCCUGCACACGGUCACGGUUGCGCCCGACGCUACGCCGGACGACAUGCCCUAUCCGCCUUCGCUGGCGGGCCGCGACGUCUCGGCCGAGGACUGGCACACCUUUGUGAAUUUCUUGCUGCCGGACCACUCGGUCCGGGCGAACGAGGCCGUCGCCGACCGGAAGCUGAGGGCCGAGGGUGGAGGGAGGAGCGUCGGCUACGGCGGCAGCUCUUCGUCCUCGACCAGUACCGCCCACGCCGAGGCGCAGCUGGAACAGAUACUCACGCCGGGGACCAGCGUGUGCGACGGUGGGGUCAGGAGGGAUCAGGCGGAGAGGACGGUGCGGGAGUGGAACGAGGGCUUCUUCGCGCCCAGGGGCGUGGCCAUCGUGCCGCAGUUCUCGCACGACGACCACCUCAGCCCCUGGGAGUCGGCCAGCGCCAGCCGCAGCAGCAGAGGAAGGGCCGCGCAGGAAGCCCGCGACGCGAGGGGCAGCAGCCGCCAGACGGACACCCCGGACACGGAGACGCCGGCGAGCACCCCGCACCGCCGCGGCCACCACGACCACCAGGCGCGCGAGGAACAACCAGACAUCGGCGGCCUGGGCCUGCGCUUCGGCACCCUCAACCUCGGGGCGCUCCAGGUCGACAGCUCCGGCAUCAGGUUCGACGGCCGACCGCUCCUGCCGGGCCUGACGGCCCUGAACGCGAGGGGCCGCGGGGCCCGGCAUGGCUUCGGCCGCGGACGUGGCGGCGGUCGCGGGAACGGCUUGUCGCGCGGCGCCUUCUUCCCGCUCCCGCCACCACCUCCGCUGUCCCUGCCCAGGUGGCAGCACAACGCCGGCGGCAGCAGCAGCAGCAGCAGCGAAUCGACCCUGACGCCCACGGGCACGCCCUUGUGGAGUCCCGGAGCAGCGGCGGUGGCGCCCGUGAUGCUUCCGAGGGGCUUCUACGAGCCCGCGCCUCCGCACAAGCUCGCAGACGAGGAGCACCACGAGGGCGGCGGUGGUCAGCGCGGGAGGAGGCACGGCGGCCACGACGACAAGGCGGCAGCAGCAGCGCACGGCUCCGGGUCCAGAUCGCGAAGCUCGUCGGUGGCCAGCGCGUCGUCGGCGUCGUCGGCCGAUUCGAUCGAGAGCCUGCCGCCGUACGAGGACCUCGCGGACGAGCAGAUCCCCGUCGCGAGGGAUCUGCUCAGGCGCUGGCUCGACAGCCCCGGACAGGCCAUCACGCGCGAGAGCGCCCGGGUCAUGAACGAGGAGAUCCGCUCAGCGGGUUCAAGGUCCGUCCCCGUGGAGUGCAGACGGGCCCGCGGUCGACAGCAGGGGGUGGGCGAGGAGGCGCAGCAGACGACGCAGGACCGCCAGCCGCGGCAGCAGCAAGGUCGGCGCGUCUGCGGCGGCAUGUCCGGCUGGGGCAGAGCGCUCCCGUCGGCCGAAGAGCUCGCGGUGUUGCGCCGCGAGGUCCAGGAGAUGAGCACGCAGUGGAAGGCGGCCAAGCACGCGCAGCGGAGGUCCUGGAGGGAAGAGAGGCGGGAGAGGCGCCGAGACAGGAGGGCAGAGUGGCGGGAACGCAGGGAGGCCAAGAGGGAGGUCAGAUCGGCGAAACGUGCGCUCAAGAGGGAGGCCAGGGACCUGAGGUGGGGGAGACGCCGGGAGGGUGGUCCUUUGGGCGGCGGCGGCGGUGGUGGUGGUGGUGGCGGGCUCUUUGGCUUUGGACGGCUGGUGAUGCCCAUACUGCAGCCGCCGCAUCUGCAACAUGUGCCGCCGACGCCGUUUUCGCACUGCUGUGGGCAUGAGAAGAGGACAAUUGAGCUGUGA